AACGCGUGUUCAUUGUUCGGAAAAGCGUGCAGCUAGAAGGACGCAAAAACGGGUAGCUCCGGUCGUCGUUUGCAACUUAUGUGUUAGUUUUGUGCUUUGUAUUGUAUCACAUCAUCGAACGGAGAGAAGCAAAGGGAACAACAUCAUAGGUCGCUACUUUUUGUGCAUCUGAAUAUCCUUCCUGCUUCCUGCAUGAAAUAAAUAGUUGUGUUCGAAAACGGCCGACGCUCGUUUGUUUGGUGUAUCGAUAAAAUAUUGAGCUUGAUUGGGUUUCGUCGCGCGAGUGCUGGUGCUUUUCGGUGCAGUGGUACUUGGGGGAGAGUGCUGUACAAACGGUGUGAAAGUGCUUUUAAUUGCAGUGUAAACCAGGAGUUUCUGCGAAGGUUCCAUUCACAUUGGCAGCUCGUUUAGUGACAGACAGCUGCCCGCUGCCGCCUCCCAAUACACAACAAUCGGUGCACGAGAAAUGAGUGCAAUCAAUAACAGCAGACAUCAGAAGCUGGAACAGCAACGACAACUAAUGGAAGCAUACAUACGACAGAAACGGGCAACGCCUGGGAUGGUCCAGGCGAGUGAUUUGCAGCUGGUGAGACCAAUGUCGGUGGGCAACCGGAACGGUCGGGAGGUGCACGCGUACGAUGGACCCAUGCAGUUUAUGAUGUCGCCCGGUAAUCCAGAUCAGAUUAUCAGCUCCCCAGUGACGACGGCAGUUCCGAACAACGCGACAACGAUAGGAGGAAGCACGUCAAUCACGACGACGCCAACAUCCCCGUACAGUGAUGCACCCCUGGAAAAGAUGACCCCCUCUUCGCAGGACAGCGAGGACGAGGAGAGCACCCCGGUGGACAUUCUUCCCUCCUCGAACAGUUUCGAUCGACACAGCGAGCACCUGGCUCACUCGGCACCGAUUUCACCUGCCCUGAAUAACAACAGCCACAACAGGGAGGGAAGCAGCGGAAAUCUCAAGAGUAUGGAACAUUCGUCGCCGCAAGCGAGUGGACACAACGAUAUCGAGGGGGACGUCAGCGGACCGGUGGAGCAGUGGGUGACGCAACCGGCGCCCCAGAGUGUGCUUUACAAGUGUCGAAUCACCCGGGAUCGGAAGGGUAUGGACCGGGGGUUGUUCCCGAUUUACUAUCUGCACCUGGAGCGGGACUAUGGCAAGAGGAUAUUUUGUUUGGCUGGUCGCAAGCGUAAAAAGAGCAAAACCUCGAACUACAUUAUCAGCUGUGAUCCGACCGAUUUGUCGCGACAAGCAGACGGGUUCGUGGGGAAACUUCGGUCCAAUGUGUUCGGUACGACGUUUUUUGUGUACGACAAUGGUAAGAAGGACGAUGCCGUGAACCCGCGAUUAGACCUGGCGGUAGUCAUCUACGACACUAACAUUCUGGGCUUCAAAGGACCCCGCAAUAUGACUGUGCUGCUGCCAGGAAUGACUGAAGACGAUCAGAGGGUGAAAAUUUGUUCGGCCGAUAAUCAGCAGGGAUUGCUCGACAGUUGGAAGUCCAAGAACACCGACAAUGUCGUUGAACUGCACAACAAAACGCCCAUCUGGAACGACGAGACGCAAUCGUACGUGCUCAACUUCCACGGCCGGGUCACGCAAGCCUCGGUCAAGAACUUUCAGCUGGUGCACGACUCCGACCCGGACUACAUCGUGAUGCAAUUCGGCCGAACGUCGGACGACAUCUUCACGAUGGACUUUCGCUAUCCGCUGUGUGCGUUCCAGGCGUUUGCGAUCGCACUGAGCAGCUUCGAUGGGAAGCUGGCGUGCGAGUAAUGCAUCGAGAGCGCGAAUCGAUGACGAACGGAAUCUCGUGAUUUGGUGGUUGGUAGUUUAGAGUCUUUGUUUUUAGCGAGGGACACAUACACAAGCCAAUACACAUACACAAAAACACAGACACACAAAUAAACACAUAUUCCACGUUGUUGCGGAAGUGGGAAUGGUACGAAGACAUUUGGUAGGUUUUUAAUCGGCACGCGUACAUUGGAGGUACGCUGUUAGUGUAAAGGAACUUUUAUCAGGUAAAUUUAGCAAAGUGAGGCACUAAAUUAAUGCAAAAAAAAAACACAGUCGUGUGUAUGAGUCCAAGGAUCCCCUGAACACCUGCGUUAGCGUGUUGGAAGCAAAGAAAGGAGAGCUACUAAGUAUUUAUUUGAAUUAAAAUAAGAUACAUCAAAGUCAAGCAAGAUUUCUAAAUAUAGCUAUGUAAAUUACAAAUUAUGCUUGAGAAACAAAAAUGAGUAGAGUUCAAGCUAGUUCAAUAAGUAGUACGCGCAAGAAAAUUGUAAAGAGCUUCGAGUAGUGUUAUGCGAUAUAGUAGAAUAAACAUUUCGUUUCCAAUUCGAAAUUGGUUUGCAAAGGGAGAGGUGUUUUAUGGAUGCAGAUUAUGAUCAUUUGAAACUCAGGUCAGUGUAAAAAUGUUGAUUGAUAGAAACUGUGCGAUAAUGAAUAGAAUGCCUUACAUAUUCACAACCAAAAAUUGAGAAAAAUGUGUUUACUUUUAACCACUGAUAUCAAUAGAGUCGCACGGUUUGAAAAAAAAAUCGUCUUAUUUGGCAUAUAAAUCAACUAAGUACUAAUAAUAAUGGCGCAAAUAGUAAUACGGCGAAGUUCUUCGAGGAACAUUAGUGCCAUCUAAAGCUUGAACCAUUUAGAACCCUGAAUCACAAAACCGUUUAUAUCUCGAGAUCGGUUAAAGGUAAAAUAAUGUUUUUAUAUCAAAAUGCAGAAAAUUUAUUGUUUUUACAGGUUCAAUAUUGAAAAAAUAUUCCGUUACAGUUUUGAUAAAUUUUCGUAUUUUUCUCCAUCAAAGUUUGGACUCUCUAUUGGCCAACCUCAUGCGGCCAUUUUAUUCCACGAACUCUUCAUGACCUGUCAUGACCGAAGGGAACUAGUUAUUUGAAGUCGUUCGAACAGGUCGUAUGGAAACACGUCUUUACAGUUCAAGUUAUCAGUACAUGCUAUACUUUAUUCGUGAUCUUAGGAUAUAUAUGAGAUGAGAGCUAUCUCUCCUCUCAUCUCCCCAUUUAAAUUAAUUCUUUAAUAAUUCGUACAAUUUUAUGUUUUUUUUCUUAUUCCAAUAUAAAUUUAUCUAAGCUCAACCGAAUUUUGACUCCCCAUAAAAUUAAAUUCAACAAAAUUCAUCUCGUUGCUAUGAAUCAAAAUACAUGCAAAACAGUUUCAAUAAAAUUCAUUCAGUAGAUCUUAUGGUUUUUCUUCUUGAAUAGCUGUCCUUCAUUAAGGUUUAUAUGCUUCGGUUUUUUUUAUUUCUAGUAGAUCUGCGUAAUGCCAGACCCGUUAUUAGCUUAGAAGGUUUUUUUUGGAUACAAAACCCUUUCGCCCUUUCUUCAUAUUUACUUGUUUUGUAUGCUCUUGCUCUGGAACCUGUAUUGUAGCUGAAUUGGAGUCUACGGAUUUCUUCAAGACAAAUGGUAGUUGUGGAACUCGUUCCAAUUUGUUUAUAUGAGCUUCGCGAAUGUCUCCGUUGUUUUCCGGAGCUUUCAUCACUAUAUUUUCCACUGAAUGUGUCCUUUUUGCUCCUCGUUCCUGAAAAUUGUGUACGGGGUAUAAAUUUGAAAAUGCGUUCAUAUUGUAUAAUUUUAUCUUCUGUCGUUCAUCCUUUGUGUGGACACCGACUGGACAACAUCGUUGCUGGACGGGCUGGACGGCGAGGGAUCGAGUGCCUUUCUCAAGGCAAGAGGGCGGAGGUGGUAGCGCUGGAGUAAAGUAGAGUAGAGUUUUCAAAGGUAAAGGUAAAGUAGAGUAGAGUUUUUCAAAGGCUAGAGACGAAUGAACUGCAAAAGUUUAAAGUCUCUAUAAUACAAUACCUUCCUUCUGUUGGAGAUUGACGAUGAUGAUGCAAAAAAUUGUUGAUUUCAUUGUCGAUCGAUCGUUCUCAUUGGUUAGUUUCCCCAACACAGCUUUUGUGGUUUGUACUGCCCUUUCUGAUAAUCCGUUGAUAGCUGGUUAAUGGUAGGACCAAGACAUCUUCUAUAUUACGGGUCUCACAGUAUUUUUUGAAUUGAAAACUGCUGAAUGGAGGUCCGUUGUCACUCACAAUGAUCGAUGCAAAACCAAAAAUUGUGAAAAUGUUGUCAAGUUCUUGUGAAACACUAUCUGCAUUUGUUUUAGUCAUUCUUCGAACUUCAAUCCAACGAGAAUAUGCGCCGACUAAUAUUAAAAAUGUUCGAUUAUAUUUAUAGAAAAAAUCAAUGUGUAUUCGUUCGAAUGGUUUAUUAGUAGUUGUCAAAUUUCCAUAAAGUCUUGGAGUUCGGUCGAUUCCCAAAAGUUGGCAUUUCUCAUUCAUUUCGUCCAGCAU